GGGAGGGGGCGCAGAGGAGGACCGCCCGCCCGCAGGGACUUCGGCGGAAAAAAGCUGCUGGACUGGAUACUUUGGAGGGCCCUAUGGCUGUGUAUGAUGAAGACCUCUUGAGGAACCCUUUCUAUUUAGCCAUGCAGAAACGACGUCCUGAUCUCUGCAGGAAGGUUGCAGAACUCCAUGGAACUAUACUGGUACCUUGUAAAGGCAGUCUUUCCAACAGUGUCAUUUCAGCUUGCCAGUUUGACUCCUACAUUCUCAAAGCAGCAGACAACAACUUUCACACUUUGAAUGGAAAGGAAAUCUUUAUACAAGGAAAUAUGAUCAUCCUUGGGGGCGAAUUUAACCAGCAUUGCCCAAUACCUAUUCUCUUUGAGGAAACGUUUUAUAAUGACAGGGAAGAGAGCUUUAACAUCCUUUGUAUAGCUCAUCCUCUGGAGAAAAGUGAAAGUAAAGAACCAUCCUCGACGGCAUCCAACUCUUACUCCUUGAAAAACAUUGAAGAUGUGAAAGAGUUCUUGGGAAGGCAUGCAGAAAAAUUUGAUAAAGCUAUUGCAUCUUUCCACAGGACUUUCAAGGAACAUGACAGGAAAAUCCUGCGACACUAUAUAGAUUCUGUGAACGCCCUCUACACAAAAUGCAUUCAGCAGUUGUUGAGAGAUUCCCACCUUAGAAUGCUUGCAAAGCAGGAACUUCAGAUGAACCUGAUGAAACAAGCUGUGGAUAUGUAUAUCCAUCACUCUCUCUAUGACAUCAUCUUUAAAUAUGUGGGGACCAUUGAAGCAAGUGAGGAUGCAGCUUUCAACAAAAUUACCCGAAGUUUACAAGACUUGCAGCAGAAAGAUCUGGGUAUCAAGCCUGAGUUCAGUUUCAACAUCCCACGUGCAAAGCGAGAACUGGGGCAGCUGAACAAGUGCACCUCUCCCCAACAGAAGCUUCUCUGCUUGCGCAAAGUGGUGCAAAUCAUCAUGCAAUCUCCGAGUCAGAGAGUUAACAUGGAGACUAUGUGUGCUGAUGACCUCCUUUCAGUGUUGCUCUAUCUCCUUGUGAAAACAGAAAUUCCUAACUGGAUGGCAAACCUGAGCUACAUCAAAAACUUCAGAUUUAGCAGCUCAGCAAAGGAUGAGCUGGGAUAUUGCUUGACCUCUGUUGAGGCUGCAAUAGAAUAUAUCCGUCAAGGAAACCUCUCUGACAGGACACCGGGAUCUGAAGGAUUUAACGAGAAGCUGUUCUUAAGACAGAGAAUGAAUUUGCUCUCCCAAAUGUCCACCACCCCCAUAGACUGCUUGUUUAAGCAUGUUGCUUCGGGCAACCAAGAAGAAGUAGAACGCUUGUUGAGCCAAGGAGACAGUGAUAAAGAUACUGUGCAAAACAUGUGCCACCCGCUCUGCUUUUGUGACAAAUGUGAGAAGCUAGUUUCUGGGAAGCUGAAUGAUCCUUCCAUUGUUACACCAUUUUCUAGAGAUGACCAGGGUUUUACUCCACUCCAUGUAGCUGCUAUUUAUGGGCAAGCCUUGUUAAUUGACUUGUUAGUCUCCAAAGGCGCCGUUGUCAACGCCACGGAUUACCACGGAUCAACACCACUUCAUCUUGCCUGUCAAAAAGGAUACCAAAAUGUUACUCUCCUCUUACUACAUUAUAAGUCAAGCAUGGAAGCCCAAGAUAAUAAUGGCAACACUGCACUCCAUUUAGCCUGCACUUACGGGCAUGAGGAUUGCGUCAAGGCUCUGGUUUAUUAUGAUGUCCAUUCGUGCAAGUUAGACAUUGGUAAUGAAAAAGGAGACACACCCCUCCACAUAGCUGCCCGCUGGGGCUACCAAGGCAUCAUCGAAGUCCUCCUGCAGAAUGGAGCCAACCCAGGUGUUCUGAACCGGAUGAAAGAGACUCCUGUCCAAUGCGCAUUAAAUUCAACGAUUAUAUCCUUAAUGGAGCUGAACUACCUCGCUUUUGAAAAAGGACAGAGUGCUUCUCAGUCACCGAUCCGAUCUUCUUCGUAUUGUGAGGACACCAUCAGCCAAGUAUCAUCCACCUCCAGUUUAUCUUCAGUAACACCAGUGGCAACAGUGACACCAGAAGAAACCAAAGCUCAUUAUAAAGAGGUGGACAAACUUUUAAGAGCAGUUGCUGAUGGAGACUUGGAGAUGGUGCGUUAUCUCUUGGAAUGGGUGGAAGACGAUCUGGAAGAUCCCAGAGAAGCCAGCAAUAUGGGGACCCCAGAAUUAUGUCAUCCUUUGUGUCAGUGUUGUAGAUGUAGUCCUUUGCAAAAGAAGUUCUUCAGGCUCCCCUCUAAUGACCUUGGAGUGAAUGCCACAAAUCAAACUGGCUUGACGUCGCUGCAUGUCGCUGCUCUACAUGGGCAUGUGGACCUGGUAGCCCUCUUACUGAAACAUGGAGCAGACAUUGCAGCCAAAGAUGUGAACCAAACAGGACCUCUCCACUUUGCCUGCCAGAAUGGUCACUUUCAGGUAGUGAAAUGUCUGAUAGAGUGCAAUGCUAAGCCAAACAAAAAGGACAUUUAUGGAAAUACUCCCUUAAUGUAUGCUUGCUUGAAUGGCUAUCAGGAGAUACCAGCCUUUUUAUUACAGCAUGGAGCUUCAGUUAACCUUUCCAAUAACCAAGGCAACACGCCUCUCCACAAAGCGGUGAUAGGCAAUUACGAAGCUUUGGUUCAGUUGCUGCUGCAGUACGGCGCAUCGGUCUACCUUAGGAACAACAGGCAGUGCACCCCUCUUGACUAUGCUGAGCCUAAUUCAGGCCUCCUCAAGCUUCUUCACGCUGCAGCAUCCUCCGAAGAGGAAGGACAGACGCUCUGCGAAGUGCACAUGACCCGGAAGAUCAGGAAAAAAAUCAGUUUUAAGACUCCCGAGACAGCGGAUGAUCUCGUUGCCCGACAUCUUCAACUGCUCGAGUCAAUCCACCGAUUUAACAAAUCGAGAGACUUGCGCAAAGCGAUAACAAAAGAUAAAAGUGUGCCUAACUUCGAUGAAGAAUUAUUGCAUCAGCUAGCUAUCAAGAGCUUUGAUAAGAACAAACAGAAUCCAGUGGAUGUGUUAGAGCAAAUCCAAACUCAUAAUCUUGAUGCCAACAGCAGUGGUGGAUCUGUAACAGCUGAAGAUGAGGUUGAUGCAGAGACAGCACCUCUUAGAAACAAAGAAAUACAUCAGAGUCACGCUGUUAGUGUGGCACUUUCAACAACAGAUAUCAGUGACUUCUGCAUUGUGUCCAGAGAUCCAAAUGCUGCUUCCACUGACAGCUGUCCUGAGGGGUGAUGCCCUAAAAAAGAUGAACAAGGAAAUCUGGGGGCAUCUUACAUAAGGAAUACAAGAUUCAGGUGGAGUCAUUUUCUCAUUCAACAUUAAGGAGGCUACUUGGAACAAGGUUUUCAAAAUUGUAUCAGACAUUCAGCAGGAAGAGAAGCCGCCUGCUCUUACUUGCACUUCUGGAGACUGACAUUUUCGUUUAUUUUUGAAUAAAUCAUUAAAAUCCCGUACAACAGAGCUAUAUUUAAAAAAAAAAAAACUAGAAACAUAUUGAGAUGAUAAAAUCUUUAUUCUAUAGUAUUGCACUCGUUAAUUUUAGUAACGACAGGUAUGUGAGAGCAAAACUUUUUACGGCAUUUCUGAGGACUGUUCUGUCUUAAUCUGGAGAGGCAGUGGUUUGUUUUAGCUGGUGAACUGCUAAUUUAUGCUGAUUGAUAGAAUGCUUAUCAUACUCUCAACAGUGAGAUGUGUUUAAAAGUUAAAGAGGCAAAAUUGCGUAGCUCAUUUCGUGCUCACUGAAUUUAUUGCAGUGGAGGUCGUACGCUGAUGAUGAAGUUGGGGUAGAGAAAUUAGAAUAAUUCCUAAUUUAACUUUUAACAAAGGGUACACUGUAUCUUGCAGAAGAGACCAGAAGCCUAAUUAAAAGAAUUCCCCCUAUGUGAGGACUGAAACGUCUAUUCAGAACAUGUUUGUAUUAUAUGAAACACCCACACAACUGAGCAGCGCAACCCCAUUUGCUAUUUAAAUUAUCUAUUUGUGGCACAAAAAAACAGACCUCCUUUCAGUGAGCCUAGUUAAGCAGAGCACGUCUGUUUUAAGUUGCAAUUCCUGAGAAGCAGCUUCAGUGCCCUUCCUUUCAAAGGCACUUCCAACUAGUCUGUUGUGCACUUUAAGAAACAGGAUGUCAACUUUAGGUGAACAUUCAAGUCGAUUAUGGUGAAUAGCGCAAUAAUUUUGGUCAUUUCAUAUUUUGUGUUUAUGUAAUAUUUCUGUACAAAAUUGUGCGCUUUUUAAAUUGGUGUAAUAACUUGUUUUAGGUAGUAAGGUUGUCUUAGGAUUUCUCUGUAUAGUACAUUAAGGUUUAAAAAUUGAGCUUUAGCUUGCUGCUGAAAAAGUCUAUUUUUCUACUAAGUGAUUCACCUAAUUUUCUUAUGUGCCUUGGACUUGUGCCAAAUGAUGUAAACUAAAGUAGUAAAAUUAACAGUUCUGUGUUCUUAA